UGAGGCCGCCACUGGCACCUCUUGCCAGUCCCUGUGGCCUCUAGUUGAAGUAACACGGGUCUUUAAGAGUGUCUUUUACAAUUUUAGUGACAGAUUAACAAGAUUUCUACAUUGCAAAAAAGGAGAAGCAGUCUUGAGAACCUGUCUAGUCGUGUCUGUGGUCUUGGAAAAUGGUCGCUGUGAUAUUCUGAGUACGGGCACUGGUGUUUGCAUAUCCCCACAAAAUGGAAUCACAGAGGCACGACUGCUUAGUGAAGGUGUCCGUCAUCAGCAAUGUGGAGACGGGACAUGACGACAUGAUCCACGAUGCACAGAUGGACUUCUUUGGCACCCGGCUGGCCACCUGCUCCUCUGACCGCUCUGUCAAGAUCUUUGAGGUGAAGGGAUCCACGCACACGCUGGUGGCCAACCUCAGGGAGCACGAGGGACCGGUGUGGCAGGUGGCGUGGGCACACCCAAUGUUUGGCAACAUCCUGGCGUCCUGCAGCUACGACCGGAAGGUGAUCAUCUGGCAGGAGGAUGGACACAAGUGGAAGAAAAUACAUGAACAUGCCAACCAUGACUCCUCAGUGAACAGUGUGUGCUGGGCACCACAUGAACAUGGGCUGGUGCUGGCAUGUGCUUCAGCUGAUGGUUCUGUGUCCAUCCUCACCUCCACGGCCCACACUUGGGAGUUCAAGAAGAUCACCAAUGCUCACUCAAUCGGCUGCAACUCUGUCAGCUGGGCGCCUGCCGUGGCCUCAGGAUCAGCCGACGGCUCAGGGCGGGUGGGAGCAACACCGGUCCAGCGUAUUGUGACAGGCGGCUGUGACACCUAUGUCAAGAUCUGGCGGCUGGACGGGGCAAGCGGUGACUGGGUGGAGGAGAGCAAGAUGGAGGGACACUCUGAUUGGGUGAGGGACGUGGCCUGGGCACCCUCCAUCGGCCUACCUCGCUCCAUCAUUGCCUCAUGCUCGCAGGACCGGCGGGUGAUCAUCUGGGUCAAUGACGGGGUGACAGGUGUGUGGCAGCCCCGGGAACUGAACACUUUUGAUGACGUUAUCUGGCACGUCAGCUGGUCGGUCACUGGCAACAUUCUGGCUGUGUCUGGCGGGGACAACAAGGUGAGCUUGUGGAAGGAGAACCUGGAUGGGCAGUGGGUGUGCCUCAGUGAUUCUGCCAAGGGGCAGGCAGCGUCUGAACAGCGCACCUUAUAGAAAGACAGACAUAUUAAGGUGUAUCUUGUAGCCAUAUUCUAAAACACUUCUACACUACUUUUUCACUAUAUUCCAGAGGCUGUAAUUGAAGUAACAUGGUAUUUUAAGGAUGUUUUUACUGUUCUAGUGACAGAUUAACAAGAUUUCUAUGCUAUUAACAGGAGAAACACUCUUGAGAACUCUGUUAAUCAUCUCUGUAGCCUGUGAAAAUAGUAUGAUUAGUGAGUGGUGUGUUUCAGAAUGCAGGCCCUAGUGUUACAAUGAUAGAGAAGGGGAAGGGGCAGGGGAAGUGUAAAAGGGACUUAUGACUAUAGAUGAUGUAAGAAUGAUUGAAAUUAUGGUUAUAGGUGGUGUAGGAAUGAUGGAAGUUGUAUAUAAAGGCUCUCUUGAAAGGAAGAAUUAGAAAUCUGAUCAAAGUACAGGGUGGAAGUGAUGGGGGCAGUAAAUAAGGACUGUGUUGUGGUUAUAGGAAUAAUAGAUGGUAAUAGCAAGAAUUAUGUGUGAUCAAAAGAAGAAAUGUGGUAGAAAUGAGAAAAAUAUAGAUGAAAUGUAGGAGGAAAAGUAGAAAUACAUUAAUUGAAUUUAAAAGCUCCAUUGAAGAUGUCAAAAAUUAAAAAAAAAAUAAGAAUUAAAUAGAAUAAAGAUAAGUAAAUAAAAAGUGAAUUGAUAGAAAUGUGAUACUAGUAAACAAAACCUGUAUUACUAAAGAGAAGAGAUUUAGUAUAUUAAAAUUGGCUUAGUGGAUUAAAGAAAGGUUGGUGCCCUUUGUAAAGUCCUGGUGAAAGAACAAAGUGCUCUAUAAAACAGAGUCCAGAUUAAGAUGCCUAUUGAAAGGUAAGAAAAUGUCAAGCUUCAUCCAGUCAUGGGAAUAAAGAAGCAGAGAAAAGAUUGAGAACGUGCAAGAAUGAAGUCAAGGUGUAUGCUAGAUUUUUGUGUCUUGUGCAAGUUUAAAGGUUUUUGUAGUUAAGAACGGUUAGUAAACAGGAUUGUGAAAUAUAUUGUGUAUGUGUGUGUGUGUAUUUUCUUAUAAUAAAGUAUUGCAGCAUUA